AUGCCUACAACAAUGAUAAGAAGUAAAGUCAAGUACAAGAAGAUUUCUAACGAUGAUGGUUACAUUGAUGCUCAGGUUAGUAAGUUUUCACUCGUUUGAACCCGGGUGUUGUUUGACAGAAGAGAAUCAGUUGUAGUUAAUUCCUUCUUCAGAUUAAAACAGAAUUUCCUCUGUCUCCAAUGAAUACUCAUGUCUAGGAAACGAGGGAAAUUCUGAGUCGGACUACAGCUGUAGGUUCACUACUGGUUGAACCUAAGAAUAAAUUUUUCCAACAACAUACAGUAUGGGCUAUUGCAUUUAACAUCGGUACUGUACAGUACCACAAAUGAUCCCCAACCGCAAAUGAUCCCGAGACCACAAAUGAUCCCCAAAAUGGACCACAAAUGAUCCUCGACCGCAAGUGAUCCCCAAAGUUGACCGCAAAUGAUCCCGAAAGAAAAAUAGGAAUGGCUUAGACUCGAGUUAGCGGAUCAUCGUGUCUAUUUCAUUAUUAUUACAAAAAGUAAGAUUAAACGCUUUAUACUACUACAUGAAAAAUUUCUGCAAUUUGAUUGGCCUAGAGCAGUGGUAUUUCAGCUUAAUUUGAAAUACCUUCAUGUGAAAAUUACAAACCUUUUGCGGGUAGUAGUAUAAACAAAUAAUAGCAUGAUUUGUACGUGAUAUUUGGCAUAAAUACCACUCGUGAUAUUUCAAAAUUGUCUCAAAUUUCACUCGCCUAAUGGCUCGCGAAAUUACGUAUAACAAUUUUGAAAUAUCACUCGUGGUAUUUAUGCCAAAUAUCACUACUAAUCAUGCUAUUACCUAUACAAAUUUCAGUUCUUAAAUAAAUACAUGAAUAAAAACUAAAUAAAAAAAGCAUUCAAGUGCAAAAACGAAGUCAGUAGGCAACACACGACUUUUACCUCAUGCCAAAAUGCUGCUUGUUCCAAUGAAUUUUUUUUCUGGCGGGUAGAUUAUACCUCUGAAGGAAACUGUUUUGACUGAGCAAAUGUGAUUUUUGCCACUUAUUUCAUACUGAGAGGUCAUGACACGCAUUUUCUGCGGUUAUUGUUGUUUCUGGUCAGCAUGAUUUGUCCUUUAAUGCAAGAGCAUUUCCUUUGACCUCUUUUGAAAUGCAAUGCUUUUCAUUGCGGCUAAAUAAGGGUUUUAGGUUGUUUAAUUUUCUUUAAAGUGCCUCAUGGAUCCGAAUAAUUAUAAGCGACUUUCUUUUAGUCAGUGAAUGUGACGGUUCCUACGAUGUUUUGUCACGCGAUAACUACCGCUUGCCUCGCUUUUGCAUUUCUCAUUACCAGGUUUAGAUUCCUGGUAACUGUCUCCAGCAAAGACACAACAAAUGGGUAUACAUAUAAGUGUCAAUAUAACUAUUCGCAACAUCUCAUGAGCUGUAAGCAAGUUGCUCUUUCAAUAAACCGAAACCUGUGGACAUUGAUAAGUUCGGGGGCAUUUUGACGUGUGUUUAUUUCAAAUCAUGUCUUGUUUCGUAACGGGCACUCCCAGCCCUGGGGCACUCCUAAGUUACGAACCAAUGUCUUGCUUUUUAUCACGUAAAAUUAACACUUCAGAGAAAAAUCAAAACUAAAUAUUCUGAAAAUUAAUUCGACACUUCUAAAAAGAUCAGUAAAGUCAAUAAAGCUCUUGUUAUGUAGAGGGUGCCCGGCUUUGUAUCCCUCAGUAGACAAGUUGAGCUUGGGCGUUAAAAUAAUAGAGUUUUUUCUGCGUAACGUCCUGCCUGUCUUAAAUUUUCAGCGACGAAACAGUUCUUUAAAGAAAAUUGAAGCAAUUGACAAAGGAAGAAGUAUAUGGUUGAUACCAUAUCCUUUUCAGGUUUAUUCCACUUUCAGUUUUUUGGCCUUGUAUAAAUUGACCUGAGAUGAAGCAUCCUCCUUCCCUUUUUCUUUAGAAGGCGCGAGAAAAAGGUUCCUUUUUUAUAAUCAGUCCUUUUUUGUAAUCAGUUCCAUAAAAUCCAAUCCAUUCCUGAAGUUUUCACGGGAUCAUUUGUGGUCAACUUUGGGGAUCACUUGCGGUCGAGGAUCAUUUGCGGUCCAUUUUGGGGAUCAUUUGCGGUCUCGGGAUCAUUUGCGGUUGGGGAUCAUUUGCGGUACUGUACAGUACCUCCCGUUUGAGGACUAAUGAAAUUCUUCAGGAGUAUAAUCAAAUGUAAAAACUGAGGAUUUCUUCUGGGGUAGGGUAAUAAAACUAUGGUACUCUUCAGGGGUGGAUCUUUAAUUUUUGUGAAAUUCUUCAUGAGUAGACCCAUAUUCUUAAGGCGUAGGCCCAUAUUCUUGAGGGGCAGACCCAUAUUCUUCAGUGGGUAGACCCAUAUUCUUCAGUGGAUAGACCCAUAUUCUUCAGGGGCAGACCCUUAUUCUUCAGGGGGUAGACCCAUAUUCUUCAGUGGGUAGACCCAUAUUCUUCGGUGGGUAUACCCAUAUUCUUCAGUGGGUAGACCCAUAUUCUUCAGUAGGUAGACCCAUAUUCUUGAGGGGCAGACCCAUAUUCUUCAGGGGGUAGACCCAUAUUCUUCAGUGGGUAGACCCAUAUUCUUUAGUGGAUAGUCCCAUAUUCUUUAGGGGCAGACCCAUAUUCUUCAGUGGGUAGACCCAUAUUCUUCAGUGGAUAGACCCAUAUUCUUCAGGGGCAGACCCUUAUUCUUCAGGGGGUAGACCCAUAUUCUUCAGUGGGUAGACCCAUAUUCUUCGGUGGGUAUACCCAUAUUCUUCAGUGGGUAGACCCAUAUUCUUCAGUAGGUAGACCCAUAUUCUUGAGGGGCAGACCCAUAUUCUUCAGGGGGUAGACCCAUAUUCUUCAGUGGGUAGACCCAUAUUCUUUAGUGGAUAGUCCCAUAUUCUUUAGGGGCAGACCCAUAUUCUUCAGGGGGUAGACCCAUAUUCUUCAGUGGGUAGACCCAUAUCCUUGAGGGGCAGACCCAUAUUUUGCAGGGGCAGACCCAUAUUCGUCAGUGGGUAGACCCAUAUUCUGCAGGGGCAGACCCAUAUUCUUCAGCAAUAGACCCAUAUUCUUCAGGGUAGACCCAUAUUCUUCAAUGGGUAGACCCAUGUUUUAUGGAAGUCUUCAGAGGUAAAUACAAUCUACUAUAUCUUCAGGGGUAAGAAGAAAAGGCAACUACUCCUUAACCUUUACCUGGCAAAUGUUUUUCAAAAAUUUAUCACUGCAGCUGUGAUGUGAAAAUAUGCCAACAGCUUUUAUACUAUAACUCCCAGGGCCAUUAACUAUAUAUCCAAAUGUUCGUCGCGGAAUGCUCUUCUAAAUACAGCAAUAAAAUAAUUAUUGUUAUUGGUAAGAUUUAUUGUCAAUAUUUUACCAAAUUGUUUCCAAUUUCAACUCUCAGAGUUGCUUCAUACUAUCGAGUCAAUUUAGUCAAUUGCCAUUACGAGUCUUUAGAACUUGUUUUCCUUUGCUUGAAGAUUUAUCUUCAGAAUUGCAAGUUUUGAUCCAGGUUGAAGGUCAGUUGAAGAGAAUAACACCCAGUACAAUUCAUUAAAGCUCGACAGAUGACAUGAACAGGGAUUCUACAGCUAAGAAAAUUGGUAGAUUUUGUCACGACAACUACCUCAUGUAAAAAGCACUGAAACAGUCCAGGGGCAAAAUCAUAAAACUGGGGAGAUACAUGUACAUGUAGUUUACCCAAGGAGGCUCCUUUCAGGUGAUAUCGUACAAAUGUUAGUUAAAGGGUUAACUGGGGAGGGCACAGGGUCCAGUAUAAAAUGCAAUAUCCCUAUCAUCUCUGUCAAUAUAUCUCAAUGAACUCAAACUCAUGAUCCCUGGUCUGCGAAAGCAAAGUCAACACUCAGCCUCUUCCACAAGCAAACACAGAUAAACUAUGGAUUAUGUCAUCCUUCCCUUUGAUAUUAUGUUAAGAAAAUAAUAUAAAAUACUUUUAAAGCACCAGUAAUUCUGAAGCUCAAAAUAAUUCCUUUCUUUCAGUUUGUCAAACCACCUCCCAAGGUGCCAUGGAAGGCUGUACUGUUGGCAGUAUUUUUAUUCUCUGUGGGAACUGUUUUACUUGUGGUUGGAUCUUUGCUGUUUACAGGCUAUAUUGACGUCAAGGUAGUUACACUGUAAAUACCCAUGGCAGAUCCAGGGGGAGGGUCCAGGGGGUCUGGAUCCCAUAAAUACACCCUUCAGACUGAAAUGUUUAUUGAAUUUAAAUAACUGUACUUAAAUCGAAGGGUUGCAUGUAUACUAGGUAGGAAAUGGCUUGUAAUAGGCUGUAAAAAAGUCCGAAGAGUGAGGACAUGCUUGGACCCCUCCAAUUAUAAAAAAUUCCUGGACCUGCUUCUCUAAAUACCAGGCUGGGCCCAAACAGUACUCAGUGACCCUUGCAGCCAGCUUUGUCUUGGGGCAACAAAGAAAUCUUUGAUUUUGCGUGCAGCUUGUAUGCUAAACACCUUGGAUUUCAUAGGUUCAGAGCUUGUCACUCUAACUAGUAAAUUUGUAGAUGAAAUCCUAUGGUGUUACUAUUUCAAAGAAUCCUCUUUGGUAGAACUUGUUCAUUGUAAUAUUUAUUGAUUAUAAUGACCUUCACUGACCUCAUAAUUUCUUAAGAACAAAAAUUAUUCAGAUAAAGAAUCAUCUUAUCUGGAGUGAGGUUUGUGAGGCCUGAUUUGAAUAUAGAUGAAAAAUCUUAAACUUGCCACCAUUUUUAGAGUGGCUGUUUAGGCAUGUAGAUUGUGUUUGUGGUUUAAAAGUGAAUCAGGCUAAUUUUUCUUUGCCUCACAAAAGUUACUGUUACUGAGUUUUUCAUCUGAUGGUCUUGUACAUUUUGCAAUACAUUUAUUGGUACUUCGUUUACUCCCAAUUUCUCUCUCAAAGAACUUUUAAAAUUCACAAGCCUUUACAGUAACUUUAUUUUACUGGUAUUUUCUCCUAUUUACAGUAUGCUGAUCGCACGUACCCAGUGUUGAUCCUUGGUUCUCUAAUGUUCAUCCCAGGAUUUUAUCAUGUCAGAAUAGCAUAUUAUGCCUGGAAGGGCUACAGAGGAUAUUCAUUCGAAGAUAUUCCUGACUUUGAUUGAUAAUGUAUUGUCACAAAUCUAUCAAUGCUGGCUUAGUUCUUUUAUUUGGCUGUGGAGUCUAGCUUAGGCAAGAAGUUAUGCCUGCUGAUCAAGAAGAUUUGAGUUAAAAUUUAGAUCAUGAAACUCAGACCUACUCUGCGUGCAUGUACUUACAGCUCAACAUUCUGGAUUUCUUGGAGAAACUUGCCAGCAUGUCAGCUACAGAGUACAUUUGCAGAGGGGAAUAAUUAUUUACCCAAUUACCACAGCUGACGAUACCAAAUUCACUUGCUGCUACAAUACAGCUGUUAAGUUUGGCUUUAAGCUGAUGACAGUGUAAUUCAAACAUAAGACACAACACGUAUCAUUCACCUACCAACUUUUACUAGUUAGUGGGGUGUUGAGAGUGGGAGUCUAAAAAUAAGUACACUGUAUUAUUUUAAAAAAGGGACUGUGAAGAACAGAUAAUUAAAUUAACAACCAAAAUAAAGUGCUAUCCAAAUUUGGCCUCCCUUUACUCAUGUCUGUAUAAUAGGGUCACUGCAAACAUCAGGUAUUUCAGUUACUGAUCGUAUCUAGGAUUUGUAAUGGAAAAUAAAAGACAAAGCUGUUAUUAUGAACCAUAGAGCAUUAAAAGGGUACCAUUUUUUAGAAAAGGUCAUGGAAAGGUUACCAUAUCUAUCAGUGCGUAAGGGCUUGGACCCGAAGGUUGUUACCUCCCAUCUUUUAGCCUUUUUAAGAACGCUGGUGAUAAUGUAAGCUUUUGUGUGUCUGAGGAGAUAAAAACUCUUUAAAAGCACGAGAAAAGGGAGCAAAAAAUGAAAUGAUGUAAAUUUUCUUCUGUCCUAUUCCUGAGGACAAAGUGGACUUUUUAGUUAGUGAAGUUAUUUAAAAGCAUCGCUGAAAUCAUG